UAUAACAGUGAAUGCAAAGUAUUUGUAAAUAAGUAAAACAGCUAGAUGAGUAAAUAUGUGCUUGUAUAAUUAUUUGUGAAACCAAGCGCUUGUCGCUGGACCAGUGAGAGAUAAAGGAAAAAUGACAGAAAAUAAACCAAGCUGCGCCAAUUUGAAAAAGCAAGAAAUAAGUAUUUUUUUUUUCUUUUUGUGAAGUCAAAUUACGGGCAAUAAAAUGUUGUUAAGCUCACUAAGACUCCAAUAACCAGCCGCAACUCAUCACUGGGGCAAUGAAGUGUGCGCUCGAAUUUUUUCAAUCGCCGUACCGAGGAGAGUUUAACAACCAAAUUUAAAAGAGGCCGCACAAAUUCAAAAAAAAAAUUGUACUUAAAAACAAAUUAAAAUGUAAAGCGUGAGUUAAAAGUGCUCAACUGUGGAAACAUAUCAAAUAUAUGAAAAGUUAAAGCAGACGCGCGGUCGUGUUGCUCAUACGCCUGGACGUGCUAACGAUAUCGACAUAAAAAGUAAAGUAUAUAUAGCACCAGAUAGUAAAGCGAACUGAGUUGAGUGCUAAAUAAAUAGAGCUACUUAUUUUCCCUCUUCAAUCCCACCCUGAUCCCUAAGUUCCUCCCCAAACCAACGCCAUAGCUUUAAACAUCUAAGCCCCACCACACACGCGCCGAGCAUGGCCGCAGCUACCAGCGAUUUCACCAUAAUCCGACGAUAAUCCCACGCAACGUCGUUAGUGAACUUUUGUCAACAGAGAAAAAUAAAUAAAUAAACAAACAUUCAAAAAAAUAUCAUACAAAUAAAUAAAUUUGAUAAAUUCAACUAAGGAGCAAGCUGCGGCAACUAACACAACCACAGCCAAUGCUUAGUAUCGCCAUCCCACCAACGCUAAUCCAUGUUGAAGCAAUUUCGUUGCAUUGCAUAAAAACCACAGCCAAAAGACUAGGAUUCAAACUGGCUGCUGCUGAUUGCUUUUUCCAAAAAUAUUUGUGCCAAACGCUUAGUAUUACAUAGUGCUAAGUGUUGUGCUGAGCGCCAAGACCUGCACACACACACAUUCAAGGCACACGCCAUGAGCCACCAGUUUCAAGUGAGCUAUACCGCCCUUGAGAUGACCGAUGAUAAUCAUCAUGCUUCCUCUAUGCCGUCGGUGGUGUCCUCAUCAUCGCCACGUACGGCGCGUAAUGUCAACUUUCACGGCGAAAUUAAUGAUACACCACCCACACCGCCACCCGGAUUUCCACCACAACAAUUGCCACCAGCACGCCGCACUUCGAAAUCCUUCUUUCAGCGACCACGUUCGAUGUCCGCUUGGAGUGAUAUUAGCCGGAGUAGUAUGCGUUUGGAUGAACGGUAA